GGGAAGUUCGCAAGCACGCUAUCUGUUAAAAUGUAUAAUUUCUAGUCAAAGAUGAGUAUUAUUCCCAACUCGGAGGCUCCCACGAAGCACUUGAGCAGCCCAUCUCUAUAUAAAAUAAUUCAGUGUUUGUUUGUCUCCUGAUAUGACUGGAGUCAUCUCAUUCAGGAGGAGUCUGUAUGGGACGCUGUCACUCUGGAGUUGUCUGCACACUGGAGGGCUGUGUUUCUACUGACCUCUGCACAUUGGAAUACUGAGGCUCUUUUUUCCCUCUCUUUCUCUCUCCGGUCUCAUCCGGGGGAAGGAAUUCUGGCAGAGCUGUUGAAGGGAACUUUUUUUCAUUCUUCCCCUCUUCCUCACAUACACACACACACACGCACUACGUUCCCCUCCUUUGGUGUGUAGCCUGCAGUGGUGGGCGCAGACGUUGAUAGAGUUUGUGUGGAUGCGUGGCGUGGACGGUGAAAAGGAGACAUGCUGCAAAAUGGCAGGGCUGGUGCCAUCAGCACCACAGCCACCACUGAGAUACCAGACCUCAAUGAGAGGAGAAUCAGGCGUCUCAGAUUGACCCUCCGGCCUGAGGACACUACAAAAACUCAGAAUGACUCUGUCAACUCUGGCGAGAAACUGGUCAAUGGUUCCUGGAAAAAGAAAAAUGGGCUCAUGCAGAGAGAAAGACCCCCUGGGAGAGAAUCACCUCAACUAGAAGACAAGCACCCCAUGACCAAUGGCAUCGGUCGGGAACAGCCCGCUCAGCACGGGCCCAGAGUUUAUGGCGUGGUGCAGAGCACGGGCACCAGCCACCAACAGGAAGUGAUGGCACGCGAGUGGUCCGUCGGUCACCUGAGGGAUGAGAUGAGGUACAUCAGAGAGGUGCGUGACUCUUUGGAAAAAGUCAGAGAGCGGAUGUAUGGCCAGUUUGGAGGGAUGCAACAGUCAGUGCAAAAAUUAACUCAGGAAUUAAAGGCAGCCAACUCUCAUAAGCGUUACCUUGAGUCAGAGGUGAGGACGAGAAGGGCAGCUAUGGACAGCUUUGACCAGAUGAACAACUCCCUCAUAUCAGCAAAUAUUGAUCUACAGAAAUCAUUGCUGGAAAGCUGUCACAAUCGAGUGGGGAACAGAGACGAGAUGAGAACUCUGCGCAGCUCAUUGGAGAAGACAGAGGACAAACUAAAGGAAGCGGAAAGACAACUAGCAGCAGCACAGGCUGAAAACCGCUCUCUCAAAAAUCAGGUGGAGACUUCUCAGGAGGCCAAGACUCAAGCAUUGAAAGAGUUGAGUGCUAAGCUAAAGAGGGAAUAUGAGGAACAGCUGCAGGAGCAGCAGAGGAAGUACACAGAGGAGAUAGAGGCUCUGCAGGCACAGCUUGAUGACUACAUGAGGAGGCUUGAGGAGGCAGAGAGGAAUGCUCAAAUAGCAGAGGCAAAGAUCGCUGAAAGGGACCAAAGAAUUAUAGAGGUGGAGAGGCUACUAAACUGUAUGGCUCAGGAGAAGGGUGACCUGAUUAAAAAGCUUUGUGAAUGUGAACAGCGCUUGCGUGGUUUGGACCAAAUUGACCAUGCAGACAAAGCCGUGGCCAAAGAGUCUGAGCAGCUGAAAGCAGAAGCAGCAGAACUGAGAGAGCGAAUAAAGCAUCUCAACGACAUGGUGUUCUCUCAACAGCGGAAGGUCAAGAACAUGAUAGAGGAGGUUGAAUCAUUGAGAGCAAAAGUUGCACAGAAGGAUAUGUUCAUUUCUGAGCUGCUGGACAGGAUUGCCAUUGUGGAGUGUGAGAAUAAUGAGUUAGAAGACAAGUUGAAGUAUUUUAUGUCUAUACAGAAAGCAUCUCAGAUUAAAGUAGUCACCAGGGACAUUGGAGUUGGCUGUGACUUCCCCAUUAGAUCUGAGGAGCCGCCGUAUGUCGCACCUGUCCAACCCAGCCCCAUCUCAUCAGCCCCGAGAUCCCCUAGCAGACUGAACUAUAGUCUUCUCAAAUACAGUCCCAGUCAGUACAGCACAAUGCUGCGCUCCAGUGUAUUGAAUACGCAAGAAACUGCAACCAGUCCCACACAACCUGCACCUGUAUCUUCAAGCUCUGUUCAGACCAGCCUUGAAGACGGGGACUCCAAAUCUCCAACAACCUCAGAACUGUCCUCUACCACCACUCCUAGAGCGAGAACCAGCCCGUCACAGAUCUACACUCCUUUUAUGAAGCUGAUGGAGAUAAGCUCUAAAAUGAGCAUUGACUGAAUGACGUUUUUAAUGAAAUUGCAGUGGCAGAAGCUUAUGAAACACGAAGUAUUGUUGUUUUGUUACUGUUUAUGUAACAUUACAGUAAAUGUAAAUAACAUACUGAUCUGUGAAUAACUUAUUUUGCACUCUAUUUGCUUUGUUUACCAAAAAUGGUGAUUUUAUGUGAUAGCUUUCUAUAUUUUACAAUUAUCUAUUUAUAUUUCCCUUUUCUGAGACCAUAUUUCCAUUUUCUGAGACCAUGUUUAGAUUGUGUAUUACACCAAAUAUUAUUUUGUUAUAUAAAACUCAAAAAUAGGCUCUGUAUAUGCGGGUGUUUCAGAAAAGGAAUGAUGGUAGCUGUCAGUUGUGAUCAACGCUCAGUACUUGUGUUGUAAUAUACACCCUUUUUUUGCUUCGAGUGUGUAUUAAUGUUUAAAUGUUUAUUUUUAUUUGUACUAAGAGAGUUGUUGACGUGGUUUCACACUCUCUGUUGCACUUUUCCCCCUGGAGUUACUGAUGCAGAGACUCCCAAUUCGUGUGAUUUUUAUGACUCGAAACAUUCAGAAUCCCAGAUAAAACAAAAAAUUGGUUAUACACCCCCAUUGUUCUAGACCAGAGUGCAUUACCCAAGCACAGAGUGAAGCCUGCUGCGAGGAAGCAGGCCUCUGUGGAUUGUUUGCAGAGUUAAUGUAUUAAUGCACAUUUCUGAAAAUUCUCUUCAGUUGCCAAAAUCACAUCAUCUUUUAUGAUGACUGCAAAUGAAGGUUUAUAGAUUACAUUUGGUAUUAAUAUUUUUCACUCACUGAGCACUGUAUUUACACAUAACUGGGUAUGUUGUUCGAUAAAUAAAAUGU